AUGGUUCGAGAAACGCGCGCCUCGGCGCGUCACAACGAUUCGAGCGACAACGGAAGCAUAGUCGCAGACAACGCCAGGGCCCAAGAGACUCGCCGCUCUCACAAGAAGUCUCGGAAUGGAUGCGCAGAGUGCAAGCGUCGUCACAUUCGCUGCGAUGAGCGUCAGCCCUCAUGCGCGAAUUGCGAGGUCGCAGAGCGCGCGUGUUUCUUCCCGCCGCCAAAAGUGAACAAGCAGAAGCGCAGACAAGCGCAAAAACCUCAAUCGCAAUGCGACAGGUCACAGGGCACAUUGGAAUGGAACGCCCGAUCACCAUCGCCAGGCUCCAGAGGAAGUAGUCACGGCAAUACAAACAAUGACGCGAAUGCGCCGAUUGAGCGCGCACAGCUGCCCUUACAACCAGCUCUUCAUCAACAAAGCAACUCAUCCGAACUCACUCAUGCACCAAGCCAUCCGUCUCAUGGCCUGCCAUCGAGGCCUGCAGACGUGCCAGCCGCGGCUGGUCUCGGCUCCAAUUCUUACCAGAGUGACCAGACUCUGUCUCCAGCUUCCACGACGCAGCUGAGCAGCACCCAAGCUCCUCCAUCUCUAGACUGCCAGCUCGGCUUGUCGAUGUUAGGCACACCAAACGAACCCUCAGAGGCCAUCUACACACCGCAGCACAUGAUCCUGCUACACCAUGCAGCUUCAGUCCCACACUUCACCGGCCCAGCCCGAAGCGCCCUCGAUAUCGCCGUCCGACGCGCCGUGGACUCACCCUACCUACUCGACGAGAUCCUCGCCUUCACAGCCUUCCACAUGGUCCAGCUCUACCCCGGGUCAUCCGCCCAUCUCCACGACCUCGCCACAGAGCUCCAGAACCGCGCCCUCUCUUCCUUUACCCGUCUAACGGAAACCGUGGCCAGAGACGACAAGGUCACCGCCGUCCCUCGCUUCCUCUUCUCCGCCAUCCUAGGCAGGCAUGUCCUCGCCGACACCCUCGCUCACUACCGCUCCGACUUCAAGUCCUUCAUCGACCGCCUCGUCGAGUGCUUCAACCUCAACCGCGGCGUCAACUCCGUCACCCCGCCGGCCCGGAACUUCCUCCAAGACACCGAGCUCGCACCCGUCCUCAACGUUAUCCUCGAUGCCGAGAAGAGGAUGAGCACGAGGGGCGACGAAUGCGGGUCUCUGAAACGCCUCCUAGAUGACUCCGACCUCAGCGAUUCGAGCGCGAGAGCGUGUCACGAAGUCAUUGGGCUUCUGCAGUGGUGCUUCGACAUUUGCCGCGUCCUCGACGAAGGGGACUACGCCCAGGCCGCGUCGACGUUCUCGGUAAAGGUACCGGUCGGCUUCGUCGAGAUGCUGCGGAAGCAUCGUCCCGAGGCCCUCAUCAUCCUUGCCCAUUACGGCGUUUUGCUGCACCGCUGCCGUACCUUUUGGCCCUUUGCUGACGCUGGCGCCUUCAUUAUCCGCGCCGUUGCUAGGCAUUUGGGUAACUACUGGCAAGGGGCGCUCUCGUGGCCCCUGCUGGUGCUUGAAACUGAGCCGUGA